ACCGAACGGAGGCACAGUGCGCGCGUAGCAGCGGCCGACACGGCCCGUACCAACCUUCUUAAUAAAAAACAAAGAACAUUGUCAUUUAUAACCAAGAAUUAAUUAACUUCGGAAGAAAGAAUUACUCCAAAAAACUUUUCAAAUUCACAUAAUCAUAAAAGAGGCUCCGAAGUGUAGUAAUUAAAAUAGAACAAAAAGUUUUCGGUCCCGUCCCGUUUCAUUUCAUUUUUUGUGAGUCGAAAAACAUUAAAAUUAUUGAGCCGAAAGUUUUGAAAGAAGAACUUCAAACAAUGCAAGAUUGUGUACGAACUUGACGACAGCUGUGAAAGAACAAAAGAGAUGAGAUUGUCCCGCAAGAAAGCGGCGCAAGUCCAGUUGCAGGCAGAAUUAAACACUGACGAGGAAUGGAACAAAUUCCUGUUACGGGAAGGAUUGCUGGUAGUGGACGUGUACACGGAAUGGUGCGGGCCGUGCAUCGGCAUGGUGGGCAACCUGAAGAAGAUCAAAGUGGAGCUGGGAGGAGACAACCUACACCUGGCGGUGGCCAAGUCCGAUACGAUUGAGUGUCUGAAGAGGUUCAUAAAACGCAGCGAGCCAACAUGGAUGUUCAUUGCGUCAGGUCAGCUGCUGAACGUGGUGUUUGGAGCGGACGCGCCACGCCUGACCAGAACCAUCGAGCAAGAGCUCCGCAACGAGGAACUCGCCAAGAAGGGAGAGUUGCAACGCCCACAGAGGGCGCCACACGAGCUCACGCCACCAGAACAGGAGGUGGCUAACGCCCAAGAGAAGCUUCAGCAAGAGCGUGCUGCCCGCGAGGCGGCGGCGGUGGAGGCGGCGCGGCUGGCGAGGCGCGAGGCGCGCGCCACCCGCCUCGAGGCGCACUUCGCCGACAUCUGCCCCGUGCUCAUGAUGCCGCACGCGCAGAAGAUGCUCAGGAAAAUCUCCGACACAUUGGAACAGAACGGAUUAAUGGUAGCUGACAAGUGUCCUUUACUGUUGGGUAAAGAUGGAGCCAAAAGACUAGCCCUGGAAGACCCGGAGCUGAACUCUGCAGCCGCCGUCGGCGUACUGAGUGAGCGGCCAGCACUCACACUGCUUCUGAAGAAGAUGGCAGAGAAAGAGGGCAAUAUUAUUGAGCUAACCCGACGAGCUCUCUGUGGCGAUAGCGAUGACGAGGAAUCUGUUAAGAAGAGUCUUUACGAAGAGCUUAAAGUCGACUCCAUCCCUGGGGUGUUCGUCCCCGUGGACAGGCACCAGCGAGCUGCAGCUUUGGAUGUGUUAUUCCCCAAGAUGGUAAGCGCGUUAGUAGAGCCGCCCGCCCCAGUGGAAGCUCCGCAUGUGGCGGUAGUUUUCGGAGCGUGGCAGCGGCGUGCGGUUAUCAACGCAUGCGCAGAAGCAGCGGCGGGCCGCGUGCUGCGCUGCGGGUUCUUCGCCGACGCUGACGUCAGCCAACCGCGAUUGCUGUGCAAGACCUUAGAGCAAUACGACGAGCGCGUGGAGAAGGACUAUUGUGAGACCAUAGUACUGAUGAUAGCUAUGGGUCUAGCGGAGCCCGAACUGGCGGAGAGCGAUGCGAUAUUCCCAUCCGGUUUACCCCCGGAGCUGACGGCGCUGGGUCCGCUUCAUGUGUCCGCGGAUACUGUAGAAGGAGCGGUAGAAUGCGCGCGGUUCUUCCCGCCCGGAUAUAACGCGCCCGAGAAGACGCAUAAGGCUCGCGCCAAGAAGAAGAGGAAGAAGCGUCACGAGACCAAGGACGACGGCGGCGAAUCCACUGAAGCGCCGCCGCCGGCAGACGCGACGGAACAAGAGGCGACAGAGACAACGCCGUCUGACGCCGAGCCUGAUGCCGAGCCUGACGACCAGCCUGAUGAAGACAGCGAAGAUGCCACUGCCGAUAAAGCUACCUCGCCCCCACCUAAUUAA